AUGCCACGUUUAAACAAUAGUUCUAUUAUUUAUAUCUAUUUUGGUGCAUCAUUCUUAUCAUAUCUUGGAACUGAUGGUUUUAAAGUUGAUUCACCAAUCAUUUCAUCAUUACCCGUUAUAGUAUUAUCAUUUUUGACAUUAUUUACAUUUAUGGAAUGGAAAGCCAAAUUUUUAACAGCAUUAUCAUUCUUUUCUAGUGGAUGGGGAUUAUAUGCAUGGUAUGAAUUUCCAAAUUAUAUGGAAACUAAUUCAUUUUAUCAUUUAUUAGCCAAAUUAUUAUAUUUAUUCUCUUUUUUUACAUGUUUAAAACGAUUAUGGCCACCAGUAUUUAUAAUUAUGUUAACCUAUUCAAUAAUUUUUAUAUAUUUAUGUUUUUUCGAUUUAUUUUUAACACUUCCAAUAUUAAUAAUUAUCUUAUCAACAUCAAUGAUUAUUUUAGCUAUAGAAGUUUCAGUAGCAGCAUCAAUAUGGAAGUAUGGUUCACAUCAAAUGGAUACAAAAUAUUCCAUAUUUAUAAGAGUUAUAGGACUUCUUUUAUUAACAACAUUUGAAAGUUUCUUAUAUAUGGAUAAAUUUGGUGGUAAUUAUUUUUCAACUUUAACGACAUAUUUAAAUAUUUUCUAUUACAUUUCACAUCUUCUUUUAUUUAUUUCAAAUGAAAGAUCAUUUUAA